UCAAGGAUACCUCAAAAUAUAAAGGGACAAUUUGAACUGUGAAACGAGAAAAGAAGAGAGUGAUGUCGAACAGCGAAGAAGACCGUCGGAGAAAGUAUGAAGAAGCUUUGGAAAUCAAAUCUCUCCGCCGUAUCAUCAGCGCCUUUCUUAAUUAUCCAGAGGCUGCAGAGGAGGACUUGAAAAGAUAUGAAAGAUCCUUUAGAAGGCUUUCCCAGGCUGACAAGGCUCUCCUAUCUCACCUUCCUGAAAAAUAUCAAAGAAUGAGAAGGUGUAUCUCACGGAAUACAUUUUUUAUAUUUGAAAUGCUGAAGGCAUUUGAUCCUCCGCUUGAUAUUAGCCAAGACCCUGACAUCUGUAAACAAGAUCCGCAGAAUGUCUCAAACAAUACCAAAGAAACAAACCACUGUUCUUGUGUGCCUGCAUCAAGUAGAAAAGAAUUUCAUCCAGAGGGCGGUGAAGCUAGUGUUGGGGGAGGGGGAAGCAUAAUAUCUAAAUUUACCAAGACAACUUCACCACCUCCCGAUUGGUUAGAUCCAUCAUUACAGAUGCGUGUUCCCCUAGUUGAUGUAGACAAGGUUCGCUGUAUCAUUAGAAAUAUUGUAAGGGAUUGGGCGGCUGAGGGCCAAAAAGAACGUGACCAGUGCUAUAAGCCUAUUCUUGAAGAGCUUGAAUUACAAUUUCCAAAUCGAAGUAAAGAGAGCCCUCCUUCUUGUUUAGUUCCUGGUGCUGGGCUCGGAAGGCUGGCAUUAGAUAUUUCAUGUCUUGGUUUUGCAAGCCAGGGAAAUGAAUUUUCGUACUAUAUGAUGAUCUGCUCAAGUUUUAUUCUAAACCAAACAGAGAGGGCUAAUGAAUGGACUAUCCAUCCUUGGAUUCAUAGCAAUUGCAAUUCGCUCUCUGACAACGACCAGCUGCGUCCCAUUUUAAUACCGGAUAUUCAUCCAGCUAGCGCAGGAAUCACUGAAGGGUUUUCCAUGUGUGGUGGUGAUUUUGUCGAAGUUUACGGUGAUGCAAGUCAAGUAGGAGCCUGGGAUGCAGUUGUGACCUGUUUCUUCCUUGAUACGGCGCACAACAUUACCAGAUAUAUCGAAAUAAUUUCGAGAAUUCUAAGAGAUGGCGGUGUCUGGAUAAACUUGGGGCCCCUGCUUUAUCACUUUGCGGAUCUGUAUAGUCAAGAUGAUGAAAUGUCAAUUGAACUUAGUUUGGAAGAUGUGAAAAAGGUUGCAGUACAUUAUGGAUUUCAGUUGGAGAAAGAAAAGACAAUUGAGACUACAUAUACAGCAAAUCCUCGGUCAAUGAUGCAAAACCGUUAUUACACUGCAUUUUGGACGAUGCGGAAGGGAGCAACGGCGAACUUGCUGCCCUAAUUUAGAGUGACUGUGUGCAAUCUGAAUAAAAUAUUACAGUUAAAAGUUUUCACUAUAGAACUACCGCAGCUCAUCAUCAUGAACUAAUGCCCGAGAAGGGAGUGGACUACAUACUACAUAGUACUUUACAUUAAUGUAUCAGUUGAUAGUAUUGGAUAAGAAUUAUUAGGCUGGAUUAGAAUGAAUUUUAACAGACAUUUGACUGUUUUAAAUAGAGUUAAGUCUAAAAUUGCCGGGUCGAGAUUUUCUUUUCUAUUUUAUUUUGAUAAUUGAUGGUUAUUAUAUUCUUGCUAGAAUAUGCAGUUCAAGUA